AUGGCUUCUCCACCCAGCCCCCUCCUGAAUGCUGACGACUUGAUCUGGACCAACAAGCUUCUCUCUUUUGUUGGUGUUGGACAGCACGCCUUUGUAGGAGCUGCCAACAAGAGGUUCAAUAAGCUGUACAAGGAGUACUGCGAAAAGGAACUACAGAAAAAUCCAAGGAAGGUAACCGAUACCCCCGGACACCCUGAUCGUGGCACUCGCUCGGCAGAAAUCACGGACACUUUUUGCAGUGAAGCAUUCUGUAAUGAGUCACGUGCAGAACACUGGCUGAGGGACACCUCCCCCCAUAAAAAGCCCCGUCGUCAUCUUGUUUGCCGUGUAUUAGCAAAGACAGGGAAUCCUACUGUAAUGCAGUGGGCACGAAAGAAAGGACUUCCGUGGAGCCGCCGAACGUGCGCUGCAGCGGCUGCACAUGGCCAUUUGCAUUUGCUCCAAUGGUUACGAGAGAAUGACUAUCCAUGGGACGAAAGGACAUGUUCCGAUGCUGCUUUGUUUGGGCAUUUGGAUAUUCUAAAGUGGGCUCACGAAAAUGGUUGCCCAUGGGAUCACUCCACAUGCGAGGCUGCUGCCCAAGGAGGUCACUUAGAUGUGCUGAAGUGGGCUCGCGAAAAUGGUUGCCCAUGGGAUCACUCGACAUGUAAGGCUGCUGCCAAUGGAGGUCACCUUGAUGGCUGUGCUGAAGUGGGCCCGCGAAAAUGUUUGCCCAUGGGAUCACUCCACAUGCGAGGCUGCUGCCAAAGGAGGUCACCUUAA